CGUCCGCCGCGGUCGGUGAGGGUUUCAUCCUACGCAGUAUGAUAGGUAGAGUCUUGAGUUCAUAAAUCACACACAUAGACAGACAGACAGACAUACACGCACACAAGGACCAUCCACUCACUCAGGCAAAGAGAAACACGCGACAAGACCACACACCACAUACCACAGCGCACCAUUCGUUUCUCCACCACCGCCACCACCACCACCCGUUCGUCCUGACUCACUCAAGUCAAUCCUUGUCGGUUUUGAUGGCUGCUCUCUUGGCCCUUUUGCCGGUCAUGCACUCGGCCAGUUCGACGAAGGUCCUCUUGAGCUGUGCGGAGGGGAACAGCAGCGGAAUGCACGCACCCUCCUUCAAGUAAAACGCACACGUACUGAGGGAGGGAACAAGGGAGAGAACAAAUCACAGACAGACACAUAUAUCGACACAUGAGAGGAGAGAGGGAGGGAGGGCCACUUGGUCUGUCCCUUCCUGACCGAUCAGCUUCUAUUUCCGAUUUGAUUUCGACUUUGGCCAGGUGCUCCUUGGUGUGCAGCAGGCCACGCAGCGCAUUCAACGGGACCUCACGGGCCUUCUCCUGCACACACACACAAGUGCACCAAAACACACAGAUGGACAGAAUUAUGGAGGGAGGGAGAGACGGCCAUGCACAUGGACAGAUGCUGUGUGUCUGACCUCUGUGCCGAUGAUGAAAACCCCCUCGUCGUACCGGAGCUUCAACGAACACUCUAUCUGCUGACCACCCUGACAACAUUCAAAGGCAGACAGACAGACAGACAAUGAGACAGAAAGUGCUUGUCUCCCCCCCUCCCUCCCUCCCCCCUCUCAGGCUGCCUGCCCCUGGCUGACGACGUACUUACGUGUAGGAGUACUGCGACGGGCAGUCCGUCCUCCUCGAGUUGGUUGACGAAGUCCAGCGUCUCAGCCUUCAACUCUGACUUGGACUUAGCCGGACCCCUCCCAGACUGACACACAAACACACAGACACAGACACAUGUAUCCAACCGUUCAUCCAUUAGGAAUGAGCUCUGGCCGAGAAGGUCGGUCGGUGGUCGGGCGGUGUCUUACUUGGCUUGCAGAGACGCCAUACGACUCCUUGUCCGACGCUGCAAGCAGCAAUAUCAAUAAGCGAGGGACAACCACAUGCCACACACUGCGUUCAGGUCCCACCCCCCGCUCACCCAUGGAGGAGCUCUCCACUGCGGGCCCCUCGGGCGGCGCCAGAGACGGCGACACGUCGGGACUCGGCAUGGGCGGAUAACUCGCGUGCUGCACUCAGCCAGUCCAGUCCAAAUGUGGCGCCGAGACGUCCGUCUCACCUCUGGUUCUUCCGCUGCUUCGAUCUGCGACGCGGGCGGCUGGAAGUAGACACCGCCAUUCGCUGCCGGGGGCUGAUAGGCUGCAUUCGACGGCGGCGCUGCACACACGCAAGACAGACAAAUGGUGGGUGAUUUGCGCGGUGCACCCACGGGGGCUGAGAGACUCAUUCAUUACAUACCGACAAAUUGCUGUUCUCCCUUGGUGGCGUCUUCGCAGCCGCAACACCGGCUAAUGUAGGCACCCAUGGCCACACACGGUGGACCACACUGCAUCAAAGAGAACACGCCAUCGCAGCCUUUCUCCAUGUGCACAUGAGCAGACACUCCAUGCUAACUCACCUACCUUUGUGUAAGGCUGAAUCAGAGGUGCCGCAGUGCAAAUGGUGAAUGCCCUGCUGCAGCACCACAGAAUGACCAACAACAACACAUCCCCUGCACUUGUCUCUCCGAGAGUGGGGGCAAGACGCGCUGGAGCUCGCCCCCCAGAUCUCCGGCUUGAAAUCAU